AUGACCAAUGAGGAAGCCGAGGACGUACUCCAACGUGAUUACAGUGUAAUCGUAUCUAUUUUUUUCAAAGAUGAUGCAUAUGUAUUGAUUGACUCAGGGUCAGAGAGAUCUUUUGUUAGCACUGCAUUUUCAUGUCAUGCCGAUAGAAUAGCCUCCCCAUUAGACUGUGAACUUCUGAUACAAACACCUCUGGGUGAAGAGAUUGUCAGGGAGGUUGUUUUUCAGGGAUGUCCUAUCAAAGUGAAGGGUGUAGAUUUUGAGGCAGAUUUGAUUCCAUUGGAGAUGCGAGAUUUUGAUGCCAUACUUGGUAUGGACUGGUUAAAUAGGCAUAAGGCUUCCAUUGACUGCUUCAAGAAGGAAGUAACUUUGCAAAGCUCUCAUGGACUGAGUGUUGUGUUUGAGGGUGAAAGGAAGGUUCUUUCGAGGUGUGUAAUAUCUUCUGUGGAAGCAAGGAAACUUGUACGCAAGGGAUGUGAGGUAUACUUGGCUCACAUAGUAGAUACAAGAAUUGUUGGACCAAACGUCAUGGAUGUUCCUAUUGUCCAGGAGUUUGAGGAUGUAUUUCCUGAGGAAUUGCCUGGAUUGCCUCCAGACCGAGAGUUUGAGUUUGCUAUUGAUUUGCUACCGGGUAUUGCUCCAAUCUCCAUUCCUCCGUAUCGCAUGGCACCAACAGAACUUAAGGAGCUGAAAGUACAGUUGCAGGAUUUGGUGGAUAAGGGGUUUGUACGCCCGAGUGUGUCACCCUGCGCGCCAGUCUUUUGUGAAGAAGAAGGAUGGUUCUUUCAGAUUGUGUAUAGACUACCGCAGCUGAACAAGAUCCUUCGAGAAGAGAAGUUGUAUGCUAAAUUCUCAAAGUGUGAGUUUUGGUUGCAUGAAGUGGUCUUCUUAGGGCAUGUUGUAUCUGGAGAAGGAAUCUGUGUGGAUCGAAAGAAAGUUGAAGCAAUCAUUGAUUGGGAACAACCAAAGAAUGUGUCUGAAGUUCGAAGUUUCCUAGGUUUGGCGGGUUAUUAUCGGCGUUUUGUGGAGGGGUUUUCUCAGAUUGCUGCACCUUUAUCACGAUUGACUAGAAAGGAGGUAAAGUUUGUUUGGGAUGAGAAGUGUGAGAAAAAGCUUCAAGGAAUUGAAGAACCGCUUGACUUCAAAGCCAAGAUUUACUCUACCUACUAG